AUGAUCUCCCAAGUCUCAACUAGUUUCUCACUGGCAGAAGACGAUCCCGUGAUCGGCUUUCAAAAGAAAGACUUAAUCGGCCUGGAUCUACCGCACAACGAUGCCCUUGUCAUCAGCAUUCAAAUCGCUCAGGCCAUGGUCGACCGAGUCCAUGCAGAUGAGGGCAGUGCAGCCAACAUCCUACAAUUGGCAGUCGUCCAACAGAUGGGCUUAGAGGCAAAGAUCAAUAAAUCAGCCAAGUCCCUGACUGGUUUCAAUGGCGCAACGACGGUUACCGUGGGCACGAUAGAUCUCGACGUCUACUCUCCACCUGUAAUCAGCUCGCAAACGUUCAUGGUCAUUGAUGAGAUCUCACCCUACAAUGGCAUUCUAGGCAGACCAUGGAUCGGCCAGAUCAACGCCAUCACCUCUGCCACACAUCAGAAGAUUCGCUACCCAAUCCCUGGGGGCGGUAUCGGCCAGAUCAACAGCGAUCAAGCAAUGGCAAGAAAAUGCUCAGCUCAAGAGCUGAAGAAAAGCAAGCAAACACAGUUCCUCCUGUGA